ACGGCUUCGCAAGCGAAAAAGCCGGGAUGAUUUCCCACCGACGAAUAUUGUUCUGGACUUAUAGAUGCCUCGAGCGGGUCGAGGAUCGCAAAUGCAUGGUUGGGAAAGUUUCCACGACGCUCGCAGGAGCAGAAUAGCUGCAAUACGCACAAGGAGCGUGUCGAUUCGACGAGUAAUAUCACACCUCUUGCAUGCUCAAGGCUGCUGUCUUGGCUGGUAUGCUUAUGCGAUGUCGUUUCUUAACAGAAUAUCAGAAGUUCAGAAGUUCAAUGAUAUGCCUCUCUCAUGUCACCACGUGCGAUGCCACCACCGCAGACCGUGUGUAGCUGUCAUGCACGAAGAUGUUGCACAUGCGCCCAUCUGUCUCCUGUUAUCCGAGCCUCGGAUGAAAGGUGCUAACUUCCGAAACUCCGAUGGACCAGGAUCAUGACCACAAAGCUGGGUAGACGUACGUCGAAGACCGUGGAGUUAAGUAACCUCCACAUACGAGACAUGACCUUUCACAUCGGGAGUUUUGUCAUUUAAUCCGGGACAAAAGUACUAUUGUAGCGAAUCUCAUUGGUCAAUUCAAAUUUUGUCUGUACUUUUCUCCCAGAUUAAAUGACAAAACUCCCGAUGUGU